AUGGCCCCUGAGAACGAUGUCAAGCGUCUCAUGCACCAUAUGUUCCUACCCCCCAAGCUGCCACACAGCGCUGACAGUGGCAGCCAUUUGUUCCUCGUGCGAGCCACUCUGGCAGCCUUGAAAGAAUGGCAGUCAAACAACGACGAUGAGAAGCUUCUCAUUGACCAUGCGAUCGGGUCAAUUGAAAGCCUCAUUCUUAUUCAUUCCCUACAGGAUGAUCGCAUUGACGAAGCUCGUACUAGUCGCCUUCUACACGAGUUGAAAGUCGGCAACACAAUCGCCUUACACAUCAAAGCUCAGAACGCCGCUGUGCUGUUCACUCGUCACACAGACAGCAUCUUAGUCGACGUGUUCGAGCUUUCUGCACGCAACUCCGAUGUCACCGGAACAAAGGGUCGUCUUGUCCGAGACUUUCCAGGCCGCUCCGUCACCAUCCCUGCAAGCACCCUCGACGAUGCCGACUUCACGCCGGCACUUGUAAACGCACUUUCAGUGAUGGACGCAGAACCUGUGCCAGAAAUGCAGCCCAAAACAAAGAAGGGCGGAGUCUCUCACGGCGAAAAUCGCGACUCUACAAAGCCUCUCAUUGUGUCCGAGCUGCUUGUUGGAUUCUUGUGCAGUGUUGGAAGCCCCAUCGUGGUCGAGGGUGUACGUAAGCAUACCAGGGACGAGAUAAACUGGGACAGUACUCUUGAGCCAUGGCGUCGAUCGCCCAUGUGGCUGCUCGUUCGAGUGCUACUCCAGCUUGUGAUCGAGCGGGGAUCUUUUCGCAAUUCUCAUGACCUAUACAAGAAAGUGAUUCUAUUCGUUCUCAGCCGCGUCCUUGAUCAAGCUCGCAAGGAGAAAUUUUCUAGCGAUGAUCUCUACUGUAUGACCGCCAAGCUUGAUCAGCGGCUGAAGAAGAUAGUGAGAUCUUCCGAGAAUGAUCUCGGCGAUGACUUGAUUGUGCAGAGAGUCGUUGAAGUACUCCACAAGGUCGAUGAGUACCUUGACAAGAAGUGGACAGAGGUUCAAGAUGCUGAUGCUCGGAUGAUCGACUUUUCUCAUUUCAAGAACUUCAACCCUACCGCAGACAGUCAUGUCCACCUGCCCAAGCUGAAUGAGCAUAUCGACAAAUUGCGCGCUCGCCAGCGAACUUUGCAGAUCGCUACCUUCCAUCCUCAAAAGCAAUUGGCAGUGUAUAAACCUUCGCAACUUCCAGUGCUGCCAAGCUACAAUCCUACAGACUCAAGCUACGCGUCCGCCAACUUGCAGGCUUUCGAGGAUUGGGUUCAUAGACACCUCGAGACUUGGUCUGCUGGCGUUACAGCACUUGAGGUUUGUCAGAACAUGCUGACGCUCGUGAGAACCUAUCACAAUCUGGCAAUGGGACACUACAAUGGCAACCCAGAAGCAAUAUCAAAGAUGCUGUUGACUACGUUUGAGAUGUGGGUCGCAUCUGAUCAAGCGAUCACCCAGUCUGGACCCUUCCAAAUGCUUGCUGACUACGACCCUGGAAUCGAAACUCGUGUCUUGCAAAACCUGUUGUUGUCUUCCGCGGAGCUGAUGCAACGCCUUGCCAAAGUCGAGACCUAUCUAUCUGCUAGAAAGCAGAAAAGCUCAAUGAGUGCAAGGCGCAUGUUCACCACAAGAGAAAGCAAUGGUCUACCCUGCCGCUAUUCUCGCUCUUCACAAGAACAUAUUGAUCUUCUUCGUACAAUUCGGGCCAAAGGAGACGCUGCUCGAGACGCCAAAUUUGCAGAAUUAGCAAGGCUCCAACAAGAGCAUCGUCGUCUCGAUAAACUUGUCCAGCAGACGCCUUGCGAAUGGAAAGAGCGAGUGAUAGAUGACUGGUAUGGAGUACAGGAGACCGAGAGAUAUCAUUCCCCACAAUGCAGCUCGUGCAGGUAUAAAAGCCAGCGCGAUGGGCUCGGCAUCAAGCUGUUUGAAUAUCCCGUUCCAGCUUCGCAGGUCGAAGCAGAGUCGAUCGUGUUCGAGCUUCGCCUCCCGCAAAUCUUUGCCGACUGGCGAGACUUGAGAAGUUUCCUUCUCCAUGAAGUGCUAGGUGGCAAACUGCCGAUCGCCUCUGGUAAAACGGAGUACUUUCUCAGCAAGAAAGAUCCACACUUGAGCUCACAUCACUCUGGAGCCCGCCACGACCGACGUAUCGAUCUCUUGUCCACGGUAAAGCCUGCAAUUGUCACGCACUACCAAGUCAAAAAGAUCCCGGCUGCAAGCAGAGAGAAUAUCUGUGUCCCCAAUGCCCUCAGCUACCAAUACUAUGACACAGCCGCCCGUGCAUAUGACGGCAAUCCAGUCUUUGAUGACAAGACGGCAAAAAUGUGUAUGUACAAAACAUCGCGCCCGAGCUUGCAGAGAUUUUUGCAUCGUACUAUUGACGCUCCGGACGGCUGUCCACACAACGAGAUCAUUGCAAGCCAGGAAAGCUGUCCCGUCGACAUGUCACUCGAGGAGUUCGAAGCUCUUCUCUCCCUUCCAUUGGGACGCCACGUUCAAUGGCUGAACAUCGGCCGGGAAUUGGCCAUGCCUGCCAUCGACUUCCGCAAGGCAGACACCUUGCGCUUCUUCUUACAGUGCAUAUAUCAAAGCGGCCCGGCUGGCGAAAACUUUUUGCGGCAGUCCCACGAGAUACUGGAUGAACCUGGCGUCGCGGAGAUGCUGAUUAAUCGCCUCCAUGAAGCUUUGCAGCGAGUUCGUCAGAAUUGGGGCCUUGUCCAUGCUUUAGCCGUGUUUGUCGCAAUCGCUGGGCGUAUUGCAACACUGGUCAACACUGCAAAACCUGGCGCUUUGGCUUUCUUGGCCGAGGCUCGAGAAGUGGCAGCAGUAUGGACGCGAACGCUACUGGAAAAGUCCCAUGCUGCAUCCGAACGUAUCGAUCGCUUAGGAUUUUCUGCAAAAAGCCUCGAGAGUGCACUGGUCUGUUUGGCGACUUAUGAUGUUGACGACGAGGACGUCCAGACUCUGUUGGCUUCCACCAGCGAAGCUGCUUUGUUUGUUGAGAUGUCAAUAAUUAUGCAGGAAUGCCGAAAGGCUUCAAGCGGAGAUGGCUCUUUGAUCGACAUUGAACGUCUACGAAUCGAGCGUCUCCUCCAGCGGUCUUACAAAAUUCUUUUCAACAAUCCAGAGGGAAUAAAUCAGGGAAUCAGAAGAACGUGGGCUGGCUUCCCAAGUGGACGAAUCACCUGGACGCAGCUCACGAAUGGAUGUAGCGAAUGGGUUACUGCUCGAGCAGCUGACAUACAUGCCGACCUACAUUACAACCUCAUCACUGGUGAGCUUUUGGUCAACGGAGAACCGCUCAAUGAGCCAUCCAGUUCGUACCGGGAGCAACCACUGUUCAAGGCAUUGUUUGGAACUCAACGAGUCGAAGUGAUGCCGUCAAUGGAACCUGGAUUUCAAUAUUCCACCAAGCGACACUUCGGUGGGUUCGAAGUUCUCCUAGGAAUGGAUGCUAAGGGCAGCCUUGUGGUACAAGCGGUCAACGAUGCCGGAGCCAAGUUUGAGGUAAUCCCAAAAGCCUUCUUUGAUGCCGUCUAUCCUCAGCACUUCGUUGAUGAGUUCAUUCAUUGGUGCAACUUGGGUACGGGAAUGAUUCAUCUGGCAAGCAAAGCGACGCGCUGGCCAAUCGAUCUCGACCAGUCUUGGAACAUGACGCGGUUGAGCGGUGGACAUGAAUGGGCUUUGCACCGAGGGGAUGAUUAUAUGAUCCACCUGCAAGCUCCUCUCGCGUGCGCCGUCAAGGCAAUUUUGUCACCUCUGGCUACGGAGAAAAUCAUUCAUACCAGCAUCUCUCGUGUGACCGGCCAUACCAGCAUUGAACUACCUCUUUCCAGGCUGAAGUUCUUCAUCGAGCCACAGGGCAUGCGGCUUUGUUCGAGGAAUUACCAAAAUAUGCACGUUUCGAGCGACCAAAGUCUCGGAACGUUGAUCGGGCUUAAGAACAAACUCAUGCUCACGUCGGAUCUUGGCAGCAAGAUCGCUCUGGUCCCCGAAGCAAGCUUGAAAUACUCUCAGACUGAAGACCACAUUUCAAUCAUCGUCGACGUCAACGGCCCAACACGCGUUCAUGCCCUGGAGGUAGACAGUGUUCUUCACCGUCUGGUCAACAAGAAUGAUAUCGGGUGUCAACUGUAUCUGGCGUAUUUGCACGCUCUCACGACAUCCUGUCUGCCAGAUCCACUGUUACAAUGUUCGGGGACAGAGCGCGCGUUAGAGAUGUUGAGAUCCAAGUCCAUGUUGUCAUACAAUGAACUCACUCAAGACCACAUCACCAUGAUCCAAAGAAUUGCAGAUUUGAGUCCGAAACGCCAGUACUACCCAGAACACCUUCAAGUGAUGCAAUGCACGACCUGGAAUUCUCGACUCUUGACCAUGACUCAGGCCGAUGACUUUGUCACCGUUGCAGAAGAUAUCGUUCGGCACUUUGAGCAGCAAAAGUCGCUCCCAAUGUCGCAACUUGAAUUUCGAACGCCCGAAAUCGGUCGCUCAAGUACUCGUGCAUUGCGUUUUCGCGCGGUCAAUCGUAUUUCGUAUCUUCGAACGGCAGGCCACGGAGCUGAAGUUUUCACUACCUCGUUCGACAAAGUGUACGAAGCGCGAGAUGACGGCUGGACCGCUCAGGCGAACAACUCCUACCGAAUGGCGGUCUUACUAUCGCGGCCUGGGGCGUCUCCGUGUGGGCAUACAUUCUCGUCAGGAGACUUCUUGAAUACCUUUCUAAAGAUCUCACCAAACGUGGCCGGUGCAGUCAAGGGUAUCAACCCAGGACUGAUUCGAUAUAGUGCUGCAUGCCUGACAUCCGAGAGGUUUGCAACCUACCUGACACAUUUUCCAGCGUUACAGUCAUGGAUGAACAAGUCCGGCAAUAUCACACAGCGCAAGUUCGCAUUUCGGAUCUGGGUAGCGUCAUUGGCAUUUGCCGAAGAAGCGAACCUGACAAUGCUCCAAGUCCUUGUGCUUUUGUCCAAACAAGCGGCUCCAAACGAAUUUCUGCAGACCCCAAAGCAAGAAUUGUACUAUCUGAAGGAUGGCACGCAAUGUACCCGUUCAGUAUUGGCCAAUAUUUUGGACAAGCAUAAAAAUCCCUUUUACGCCUGUCCUGAGUCCCGCCUACCGCGUGGGCAGUCUGAGACGAAGAGCCAAUAUGCUGAUCGUCAGCACCAAGCAUGGCAAGCUGCGAGUACAAAUUCCGUCCGUGCCUUCCUUGACGCAGUGGUAGCACAAUGGCCAUGCCGACGACCGACGAUGCCCAUGAUUGAGGGCACAUAUAUAGAUCUCAGCAAGGCACUGGACGAGGUCGCAAAGCAAUUCGAGCGAUGGUUCGACAAUGUGCAAUUUUCAGAAUAUCUCCAAAGCAUUGAACAACAAAUUCAUGGACCCGCACACCAGCCUGUCGACAAGAUCGAGCUUCGAAAAGUCACUUGCUCGGAUCCACCGCGUCGGCGUGGUAUAGUCUCCAUGGCUGAUCUCCUUCUUAAAGACUCCCCAGUGCUGUCACCUCGUCCUCAAGCAUUGGGCCCAAAGGAUUUAUGCUCUAGAAACGAGCAUGUACAGCUGUUCCGUCUCCAAUCCGUUCUUGAUGAAUUGAAAGCUCAAAACACAUCUCUUUAUGAACAGAAUUGGAUUUCUGACCUUGGAGAGAGCUUGCAAGCAUUAAAGCAGCAACAAGGCAGUCGGAAAUUGGACAAAGAAUUGUUGUCAGAAGCAAUUGACCAACACGUCAAGCAACAGCAAGACUACGUCCAAGAAAUUGAACACACAUUGAAAAACGCUAUGACAGUCGACAAUCCUCUUCACACAGCUGGUUCUCGAUUCCGUUGGCCACGGAUGCGGACAGUUUGGUUUCUUCAACAGCUUUCUAUGCGCCCAUGGGGAAAUCUCCCAAAAGCCUGGAAAACAACUUUCGUGAAUUAUGCGAUGGCGCUCUGCAAUCUCCAGCGUGCGUUACGAAUGAAGAGAUUCUCCCACAGCAUUGAAGACCUCGUGGCUGAGAUUCAAAAUGUCGGGCAUGAAGCAUGGGACCCUCUCCAGUACCCAGAGUGGCUGUUGAUCGAGGUCGAAAGCGGCUUGACUAUCCGGUCGGUCCAGCGCGAGAUCGCCGGAGAGAUGAUGCUCCCUGUCUCCAAGCGAAAUUCUGUCAUGCAGCUGAACAUGGGCGAAGGAAAAUCCACGGUGAUUGUCCCCAUGAUUGUGACUGCACUCGCCGAUGGAUCGCGGUUGAUGCGUGUCAUUGUGAACCGUCCACAAUCAAAGCAGAUGUUGCAGAUGUUGAUCUCGAAGCUUGGCGGUAUCAUCGACCGACAAGUUUAUCAAUUACCUUUUGCAAGAUCAUCACGACUUGAUAGCACAUCAGCAUCGACAGUCAAAUCGCUGCUUCAGCAAUGUAUGCAAAGCGGCGGCAUCCUCUUGAUGCAGCCUGAGCAUAUCCUGAGCUUCCAGCACAUGGCGCCUGAGUACUUCAUCAUGCGCGACCCGACGCUCGGUCAGACCUUGCUCGACAUUCAAGAUUUUUUCGACGAGAAUGCACGCGAUGUCAUCGAUGAGAGCGAUGAAAAUUUCAGCGUCAAGUUGGAACUCAUCUACACUAUGGGCCAGCAGCAAAACAUUGAGGCUAGCCCGGACAGAUGGCGACUUCCUCAAUAUAUUUUUGGUGUCCUACGCGGGGUCCUGCCAACGAUUGCUCUAAACCGGCCGCACGAUUUCGAUGUCACUGCUGGAGAACCUGGAGGCUUUCCUCGACUUAGACUGCUGACGGCUCAGGGAACUAGCAUCCUCACUGAGUGUGUUGCGAAGCAUAUCAGCAACCAUGGUGUUCCAGGCCUACAGCUCUCCAAGCAGCCCGAGAGCAUACGCUAUGCAUUCAAGCGCUACAUAUGCGAGCCAGUUCUCGAAGCAGAAGACGUGGCAGCCAUUGAGUCGAGUUCCCUCUGGACGGAAAACACCCGAUCUUUGAUCCUGAUCUUACGAGGCCUAUUUGCCAAAGGACUCCUCGCGUUUGUUUUCGGGCAGAAGCGAUGGCGUGUCAAUUAUGGCCUGGCAGAUCGGAAGCCUCCAACACAGCUGGCCGUGCCGUAUCGCGCAAAGGAUUCUCCAGCGUUGCGCUCGGAAUUUAGUCAUCCCGACGUGGUUAUCGCCCUGACUUGCCUCUGCUAUUACUACAAAGGGCUUUCAGACGUCGAUCUGUUCACUGCAAUCGCUCAUCUCUUGGACUCGGAUCAGGCUGAUAUCAACUAUCAACUUUGGGUAGCCGACGCACCAAAUAUUGAUCCCGCCUUCAGAGUGCUGCAAGGUGUCAAUCUGCAGGACCGUCCACAGUGCUCUAACAAGCUCUUCCCAAAGAUUCGGUUCUCGAAGGCCGCUAUCGACUAUUUCCUAUCACAGAUCGUGUUUCCUAAGGAGAUACGGGAAUUUCCCAAGAAGCUUUCGGCCUCUGGGUGGGACAUUGGAAAGACGAAGAGCCAAAUUACGACCGGAUUUUCGGGUACCAACGACUCCCGUCCAACACUACCGCUUGAUGUCAAAUUCCUCGAUCUCGCAAAGCAAAAGCAUACCAAUGCUUUGGUCCUCGAGCACAUCCUACAGCCAGAGAACUCGGUUUACGCGUUGAGGCCACGCCCUGAUCUCACCGAUGCCGAAAACAUCCUACAACAAGUGCUCGCGUUGCAGCCUCCGGUCCAGGUGAUCCUUGACGCUGGCGCACAAGUCCUUGAGGACAAUUUGGCUUUCGCGAAGUCUUGGCUGGAGUAUGACCAAAGCGGCAAGGAUGCCGUUGUUUUCGUGGACCAAGCCGACAAUGUCAGCGUCGUAGAUAAGAAAGGCAGAGUGGACUUGCUGCACGCAUCGCCAUUCAUCUCUGCACUGUCCUCAUGCCUCGUAUUCCUCGAUCAAUCUCAUACCCGUGGCAUCGAUUUGAAACUGCCACGAGACUACCGGGCAGCGGUCACACUCGGACCCAGACUGAUCAAAGAUAAUCUGGUUCAAGCAUGCAUGCGAAUGCGCAAGCUCGGCCACGGUCAAAGCGUGGUUUUCUGCGUACCGCCGGACGUCCUAAACAAGAUACAGGAGAAGUCAUCGCAUCGGCAGAAAGUCACCACCGCUGAAGUGAUCGAAUGGUCAAUUCAAGAGACAUUUAUUGACAACCGGCGGAGUAUGCCUUUGUGGAAGGUCCAAGGUGAGCGAUACAUUCGCCAACGCGCUAUCUGGACUGCCGGCCUGCAAGGAGUGAAUGCCGAUCAACUACUUGAGAAGGAAUGUCAGGAGAUUGAACUCCGCUAUCGGCCAAACUUCGUCGACUUGGACGCUAUUCGGGCUUCCGAAACUAUCGCGGAUGAUCCGGAUAGUGUGAAGAUCGCUAAGCGCUGUCGUGAGUUCGGUAACAUCAAUCUCGAUCUCUCUGCUCUCCAAGAAGAGCAAGAGCGGGAGCUUGCGCCCGAGAUUGAGCAAGAGUCUGAGAAGCAGAGGGCGCCUCGUAUGAAGGCAGCGACCCAAGAACUCCAUCCGGAUGUCGUCGCUUUUGCAAAGACCGGCAAGAUAUUAUCGACGAACGCAUAUAUGGACGCAUUUAUUUCACUUGCCAACACUAGCGCAGCACAGCAGUUUCCACUGGCGCAGCUCGGAACAAAAGCUCUCAAAGUGACUCGAGAUUUCGUACAGACGGUGGAGGUCCCUAGGGGAGGAAGAUUCAUUUCCGACCGUUUCCUCCGCUCAGUCCACUGGCUCCUAAUUGCGACGAACGGCACCGAGGUGUCCUCAAUCAUGGUCAUUAGUCCCUUCGAAGCGAACGAGCUACGUCCUAAGAUGAAAGGCUAUGCGACAUCUCUGCAAGUUUACGCUCCACGCUUAAAUCAAGGCUACCGUCCUAUGGAUGCGCUUGACUUUCAUCCUGUGCCAGACGCUACGCCACCCACGAUUCCACUGCGCCUCGCUGCAACAUUGAACUCCUUUGCCGGACAGCUGUACUUCAGCACAUACGAGCACUACAAAGCUUUCGGCGAGGUUUUCGGCCUAUCGACCAAGCUCGUCACUGAGGCGAUGGAACGAGCGGGCUAUCGAGUCGAUGCGCAUGGGUUCAUCUUGUCCGACGAAGAAGGCUGUCGAGGCGGAGCAUCAGCUUUGACGGAGAGCCCAGUACGCUUCUUGCGAGAUUUCACGUUGAUUCGGAAUGGUGGAAGAGCUUUUACUAGAACGCAUUUGGGCGAUGUUUUGGAUGGACGUACAUUCUUUCCUCAGGACUUUGAAUAA